CCUGUUAUUCAACAGAAAUCCUGCACAGCUCUGUUUUACUUUCAGUUUCACAAAAAAACAACAACAAAAAAAACAGAAGGAACACACACAUGGAUAAGGUGAUGACAGUCAUAAUGGCUCUUCCUCUGAUAUUUCUGAUCAUGAUUCACGGGGUUUCUAGUGUUGAUUGGGGUGUGAGUUACAGUCCUCCACACAUCUGUGCACUAAAGGACUCAACAGUGAUAAUGAGAUGCACUUAUACAUACCCUACUGGAUAUAAGAUCAAGAAAGCGUUCUGGACCAAAACACUGGUAAUGGAUAAUGAAGAGUAUCCAGAUCUGUCUAAUGACCCUGAAUACAGUCAGAGGCUUCAGUAUCUGGGAGAUAAACAGCAGGACUGCACCGUCAGACUGAGUCAUGUGACACUGAACGAUUCACACAUGUACUAUUUCAGAUUCAUCACUGAUAAAGACAAAUGGACUGGUUAUCCAGGAGUGAAUCUUACUGUCACAGGUGACUUUGAUCUUCAGGUGGAGUCUCCUGAGAGAGUGACAGAGGGAGAUUCAGUCAGUCUGACAUGUAAAAGCAGCUGCGCUCUGACUGACAGAGCAACAUUCAUCUGGUACAGAAACUCACUGAAGAUAUUAACUGAGAGUAAAUUCAGGAACACACUCAUCCUCAAUCCAGUCAGAAGAGAGGAUUCAGGCAGAUAUAGCUGUGCUGUAGACGGACACACACACGUCUCUCCUGAUGUUCACCUCAAUGUCAUGUACCCACCGAAGAACGUCUCAGUGUCCAUCAGUCCAUCUGGUGUAAUAGUGGAGGGAGAUUCAGUGACUCUGAAGUGCAUCAGUAACACAAACCCUCCUGCUGUGAACUUCAGCUGGUUUAAAGGAGGAACGUUUGUAGGAUCUGGAAAAAUCUUCAGCAUCUCAAAGAUCAGAUCUGAUGACAGUGGAGAAUACAAGUGCAAGUCCUUCAAUGGACAUGGAGAGAAAUACUCUGAUACUGUGACUUUAAACAUCAUGUAUCCUCCCAGGAACGUCUCAGUGUCCAUCAUUCAGUCUGGUCAGAUCUGGGCAGGAGAUUCAGUGACUCUGAAGUGCACCAGUGACUCAAACCCUCCUGCUGUGAACUUCAGCUGGUUUAAGGAGAAUGAAAGCUCAGCUGUUGGAUCUGGACAGAGUUUCAGUGCACUACAGAGUGGACGCUUCUACUGUCAGGCUCACAAUCAACAUGGAUCUCAGAGAUCAGACGCUGUAACUGUCACAGUGCAUCACAGAUCCGGAUGGCAUCAAGUUUUUGGGAUCACAGUGGAAUGUGGAGCAAUAUUCAUCAUCGUCGUCAUAAUUUUCAUCGUCAUCCUGUUUAUAAUAAAGAAACGAAGGAGUGUUAAAAAUGAAAAUAUCACAGUGAAAGAGAUCUCUGAACCCAAUGAAGACAAAUAUACAGCUCUUGUAUUAAGAACCAAUCCUGAGCUCUGUGGGCGGAGGCACAUAUGAUUGACAGGGACUGAUCCUCAUUUGUUCCCUUUAACCCUUUGUGAGCUAUUGUGUGCUAUAGACUUAUGUAAUGUAUGUUUAAUUGUGUAAUCUUACAUAUAUAAUACUCUUUUUCAGUAUUUUAGGCUCAAGCUUAGAAAGCAAAAAUAUACUUAUCAGUAUUUGAAUGAAUAUGUUUUUAAGUAUUUUCAUGUUUUGCCCGCACAACAUGUUGAAUAUUUACGAUUCGCGAUCGGCGUCCGAGUCGAUCCGGUCAUAUUUAACACACCCCACACCACGAGAAAAUCUGAUAAUCUGUCAUCAAGAUAAUCGGGACUUGAGGAUCUUCAGAAGGAGAAAAAUCGGCCAGAAUAUUUAGAGGACAUUAAAGGGCACCAAUCAUGGAAAUUUGAAAAUUAUCUCUCAUGUAGUGUGUAACAUAGGUCUUAGUGAACAAAAACAUCCUGCAAAGUUUUAUAUAUGAAUGUUUAAUGUAAAAAAAAAAAAAAAAUGUUAUUAUCUCUCAAAUGUAUUGGCAAUGAGACAGUCCCUUUGGGACUGAACCAGGUGAUGUUAAUUUGCACGGACAGGGCUGCUUUUUAAUUACUGAUAGUGUUCAGCUGUUGUCUUGGCUUUCCAUGCCUUUUUUGCACCUCCCGUUCUUCAGGUGUUCAAUACUUUUUCCCUGUGUCAUUUCACAUUAUUCCACAUUACUUAAUUUCUGAACUUUGUUUUGGUUGCUUUGGGUUGUUUUUACCAACAUCUGGUAAAAAUGUAAUGUCAAUAGCACCUUUGGAAAUAUAUUUUCUGAGAAAAUGGUGGUGUGUUCAAUACUUAUUUCAGACGCGGUAUAAUAAACAGAUACAAAAGAAUGAAAUAUAAAAUAAAAACAAAAAUACAGUUUACUAUAAUAAUAAUAAUGGUUAUUAACCAUUUUAUUCAGAGUGAAACCAACUCAAAAGCAGUUUUUACAGACACUCAAUAUCACAAUAAUAGUCAUGAGGUUUAGUGUCUCAGAUCACCCUCAUUCACAGCGUGAAAAACAUGAUGUUCUGAGUUUAAUUUAGCAAUGAGAAAAUAAUGACAAUUAAACAUUUCCCUUCUAAAAUAAAUUUAUAUAUCUGAUGGCAGUUUUUUUAAAUACAGAAACCGCAAUCAGAAAUUAUACAUUCGCAAUAAGAAUGAUUCAUAGACUAUCAAUCAUAGAAAAAGCACAACAAGACUGAAACUUAUUUCUCACAAAUACAUCUCAAAUUCGCAUAGCAUGGCGCAUCAUUCCAGUUGUUCACAGGGUCUCUUCCAGGAUGCAGUUCAAUACAGUCCUCAUCUCCACCAAAGUUAUUCGGCUCACCUCGGUACCAAAACCUUAAUAAAGUGUGUCUGAUUUUCAGUUAUUCAGGACCACAGAUCAGUUCAACGAAAGUUUUUAUGCAUUCAGAAAACAACAAGCUAUUCAUCAUAAAAGAGCCGACAAUAUUCACAGCAUCACCAGGGAACAAUCUCGGCUAACGUACUGGCAAAGUUAUGAACAAUCAUUCUUCCAGUAAUAUGUUUGUUCAACGUUAUCUGUUAUUUAGUAAUGUUCUCAAAAGGUUAGCACAAAAAACAAUGUGUUUGUUUGUAUAUUUUUUUAAAUGUUUUAAAUGGGAGAAAAUAUUUUUAAAACAUUAUUUUUGGAACAUCCUUUAAACAUUAGAAUGACGACAAACUUCAGACGAAUAAGGUUGUGUUGCUCUUUUAAAAUAACAUCCUU